AUGGAUAUGUUUAAGGAGACACCAUGCAGGCAUCUGUCAGGAAUGGCCACAGUGCUUUCGGUCCUGCCUUGGAUGGGGGAAUGGAGUGCCAAAUCCCCUCAGGUGGAUGGAAGUGGGCGUGAUGGUAGAUCUAAGCAUCUCUUCUGUUUUCUCACCAGAACAUGGGUCAGAGAAGACCCCUGUAUUCGCCCUAACUCUGCAGGCCUCUCCAAGACUCCUCUGUGUCAAGCGCUCCACGUAACGCUGAAUCUGCUCAGCAGUACGUGUAGCCCCUCCACCCUCCGCGGCUCUUCUGCACACAAAUUUGCAGGUGGUCACCCAGAGCGAGCCCAAAGCUGUCCUCCCUGUGCCACUGUGGCCAUGGACCUGCUCUCCCACCAUCGGGAAGAGAAGGCUGGAGUACCUAGUCAAGAUGUAUGCCGCUCAGGCCCUUGGCAGGACUCCCAAGCAAGUCUUCAGGUGACAACUGGGAGGACCAGGUCUCUAGUGGACAAGAAGCAACGGACACAAGUUGAAACAAGAGAACUUCAAGCUGGAUAUAAAGAGGAAGAUUCUUUCCCUGAGGACAGUCAAGCAGCGGAACCAGUAAGAGUCGAGAUCUGCCUUGAAAUAGGCGCUGGGUCUGGCGUGGUUUCAGCGUUUCUGGCGUCCUCCGUCAUCGGGCCCGGCGCGCUGUAUGUAUGUACAGAUAUCAACCCGAUGGCAGCUUACUGUACACUGGAGACAGCUCUGCUUAACAAUGUUCACCUUGAGCCAGUCAUUACUGACUUGGUCAAAGGACUGUCUCCAAGAUUAAAUGGCAAGGUUGAUCUACUGCUAUUUAAUCCACCAUAUGUGGUAACACCUUCUGAAGAGGUGGCAAGCCACGGAAUAGAGGCAUCCUGGGCUGGUGGCAAAAAGGGCAGAGAAGUAAUGGAUAGAGUUUUUCCAUUAGUACCAGAUCUACUUUCACCAAGAGGAUUAUUCUACUUAGUCACAAUUAAAGAAAAUAAUCCAGAUGAAAUUCUGGAAACGAUGAAGAAACAUGGCUUAGAAGGCACACGAGUACUCUCCAGGCAAGCAGGACAAGAGAUGCUUACUGUCCUCAAAUUUAGCAAGUCCUCAAAUUUAGCAAGUCUUGAGAACUGCUCUUAACCUUCCAGACACUAGGCAUUGGAGA